AAUAGAUUGCGGUUACUCAGAUAGGUACUUUCCAACGAACCCCCAACACGACACACUCCUCCGAAACACACUGUGCGCGACUGCGAGCGAACGAGCGAGAGAGAGCGAGGGAGAUGGAACCGGAAGCGGAGGAUCCGACUGCCAAUGAGAUCGACGGCGCGGAUGGCGGCGAGGACGCCAAGAGCGGCGACGAGGCGGCGGCGGCGGGGGGGAACGACGGGAGCGGUAGCAGCGGUGGGAAAGCGGGGAGGGACAGGGUGAAGGGGCCUUGGUCGCCCGAAGAGGACGCGAUCCUCAGCCAGCUCGUCAGCAAGUUCGGUCCGAGGAAUUGGAGCUUGAUCGCCCGCGGGAUCGCCGGGCGAUCCGGCAAGUCUUGCCGCCUCCGGUGGUGCAAUCAGCUCGACCCCGCCGUGAAGCGCAAGCCCUUCGCUGACGAGGAGGAUCGGAUCAUAAUUGCAGCCCAUGCGAUACACGGGAACAAGUGGGCAUCAAUAGCAAGACUUCUCCCGGGGAGAACAGACAAUGCCAUCAAGAACCAUUGGAAUUCCACCCUUAGGCGCCGGAGCAUGGAACUCGAAAAGAUUAAGGUGGAAUCUAGUAACACAGUUGACGAUGCUAGCUUGGACAGAAUAAAAGCAUCAUCUGAAGAAACACUUUCAUGUGGAGAAGCCAAUUCACCGAAGUCCUUGGAGGGAAAAGAUGUCAGUUCUCUGGAAAACACAAGCGACCAAUAUGAGGAAAAGUCAAUACAAAAGGAUCAGUUCAAUCAUGGACCAAAGGAUCAGCCUACUUUGUUCCGUCCUGUCGCACGUGUCAGUGCAUUCAAUGUGUUCAAUCGCUCGGAAGGUCCACAACCUGCAUUGCCAUUUAUGGGCUCAGUUCCUGCUUCGGAACACUAUGGUCAAGCGUUGAAACAGGAUCAUGGUUUCUCUAGGUUGCUUGAUGACGUUUAUGGUGAACGAUUGGUGCCUCACAAUUGUGGUUAUGGUUGUUGCGAUGGUAACAAUGCUGCUGGUGCUCAGAACUCCAUACUGGGCCCAGAAUUUGUGGAUUACUUGGAGCCCCAAUCUUUUCCAAAUUAUGAAUUGGCAUCGAUAGCCGCAGAUAUAAGCAACCUCGCAUGGCUUCGAAGCGGACUUGACAAUAACAGUGUAAGGACGAAAGACGACAGAGCUGGGCAUUAGAUUCUUCUGAUUUCUAGGUCAGAUCUCUCGGGCAUCUGAAGGCGAGACAAGGCUUCAUUAACAUGUUAGGAAAGAGUAGAGAAAGAGGAACUAUUUUGAUAUCGAAAAGGGAAACAGCAAGUCAAGGAACAUUACGGCGAAUGCACAGUCAACCUCGGGCAAGUGGGUAUUCUGCUAGGACCGGUUAGAUUCAGGUAAAACGUGAACAUUGAAAAGAGGAGUCCAAAAAUGGUUGUUGCAAUUUUUAUGCCGGAAAUUCAAGGAGGCCCUUAUUUUAUUUCAAUGUGUUGUAGGACGUAUUGUAGGUGCUUUGUGGUACUGUUGGACCUCCUUUUGCCCAAAGAGUACUUGAGGGCUGUAGAGACCAGAGAGUCAAUACAGGAUAAGCCCGUGCAUGUUUAUUCUCAAAGGCCUUAAAAAAAAUGAGGGCAAGCGCACACAGUUUUGAACUUCGGUUACUGAUGCAUGAGUACUUAGCAAAAUGCUAUGUUUAUGCUGAAUCUCGCAGUUUGAUCUCGAUUCAUUC